AUGGUAGCUGAAGGUCUUGAAACAAUACCUUUAAAAGAUAUUAUAACCCAAUUGAAGGGAUUAGGGUUUGAUUGUGUUAGAUACACAUGGGCAACAAAAAUGUUCACACGCUACUCAAAUUAUAAAGUUGGAGAAAAUUUAGACAAACUAAACCUCACUAGUUCUAGGUUAGGAAUUCGUUUUUAUAACCCUUCUUUCGAGAACAUUACCGUUGUGGAAGCAUUUGAUAACGUGAUUGAUGAGUUUGGGAGACAAGGUAUGAUGGUUUUGGCUGAUAAUCAUGUUAGCGAUCCAAAAUGGUGUUGUGACAAUAAUGAUGGGAAUGGAUUCUUUGGUGACCAAUAUUUCAACCCCGAAGAAUGGCUACAAGGACUUUCUAAUGUUUCCAACCGUGUCAAAGGAAAAUCUCAGGUUGUGGCAAUAGGGUUAAGAAAUGAACUAAGAGGUCCAAGUCAAAACAUAAGCAGUUGGCAGAAGUACAUGAGCCAAGGAGCAACAACAGUUCACAAAGAAAAUCCCAAUGUUCUUGUAUUUGUUUCUGGCUUUAACUAUGACAUUGAUUUAAGCUUCUUGAAAACAAAUCCUCUAAACACAAGCAUAGGAGACAAAUUGGUGUACGAGGUACAUUCCUAUGCAUGGUCAACUGGGGAUCGAAGUGAUUGGGACAAACAACCAUUGAACAAAAAAUGUGCUAAUGUAAUGAAUAAUUUGAAUGAUAAGGCAGGGUUUCUAAUGAGUGGUUCUAACCCUAAUCCAUUGGUUAUGAGUGAAUUUGGUGCUGACUUGACUGCUAUUGAUGACAAGAAUCAAACAUUCAAUCAAAGAUUCUUGUCAUGUAUGUUAGCUUAUCUUGCUGGGGUUGACUUGGAUUGGGCUUUAUGGACUGCACAAGGUUCUUACUAUAUUAGAGAUAAAGAAAGUAAUGCGAGUGAGCCUUUUGGUAUAUGGAAUAUUGAUUUUAAAUCACUUCGAUAUCCAGAUUUUUCUCAAAGAUUUCAACUUGUGCAAAAGAAGCUUCUAGACCCAAGUUUAAAUUCAAGCAAGUCCUACAUAAUAUAUCACCCAUUAAGUGGACAAUGUGUGAAAGUGAACACUAACAAUGAACUUGAAUUGGGUGAUUGUGAGUGGGCAAGUAAAUGGAAUCAAGAAGGGCAACAAAUCAAAUUGGUUGGCAAUGGUACAUACAUAGAAGCAGUUAGUGAUGGAUCACAAGUGAAGGUAUCAAAUGAUUGCAAGAGCAAGCAAAGUUUUUGGAAAACAUUAUCAGCAACUAAUCUUCAUUUGGGUACUUUGGAUGAACAAGGACAAAAAUUAUGCUUGCAAAGGGAAUCACCAACUUCACCUAAGAUUGUCACAAAAAGAUGCAUAUGUAUUGAUGAUAAUCCUGCUUGUUUGGAGGAUCCACAAAGUCAGUGGUUUCAAUUAGUUACAACAAAUGUGUAA